AUGUCGAAUUCAACUAAAAACUUGGAAAGAGAGCCACUGUUGAACACACAUACAACAGGAGGCUCCGUCGUCUCUUACACAGUCAGCAGCCCACAAAAUUGUUCAAACAACACUCUCAAAGAUCGCUCUGCUGCUCAAUCUACAAAGAGAAAGUUGUGGUUUGCCGUCUGUCUAGCAUGCUGUUUCUUUGCUACCGAGCUGGUGGCAGGCUACUUUGCUAAUUCUUUGGCUUUGAUGUCCGACGCGUUUCACUUAUUAUCAGAUGUAGCCAGUUUCAUCGUUGCAUUAGCAGCAAUUUACUUGGCAGAGAAGCCAGCAACCAAGAGACACACAUUUGGCUUUCAUCGUGCUGAGGUUAUCGCUGCUCUUGUUUCCGUAUUGACAAUCUGGGUGCUUACAGGUUUCUUGGUCCAUGAAGCCAUUCAACGUAUUAGAAAUCCUCAAGUCAUUAAUGCUAAAUUGAUGUGCAUUACAGCAACCAUUGGUGUUCUCGUUAACGUUGUAUUGGCCUAUGUGUUGGGCGGACAUCAUCAUGGCCAUUCGCAUGAUGAAGAGGAACAUGCCCACAUUGAAAACGAGACAAGCAAUCACACUCACAAGGAGACCAACAUCAAUCUUAGAGCUGCUGCCCUCCAUGUACUUGGCGACUUAUUGGCCUCUGUCGGUGUGCUUGUUUCAUCCAUCAUCCUGAUCUUCAAGCCCGAAAUGACAUUUGUCGAUCCUUUGUGUACCUUUUUCUUUUCGAUUUUGGUCUUGUACACAACCUACCACCUUGUCAAGGAUUCAUUAGCCGUCUUGAUGGAAGGUGUGCCUGGAAAUAUUCACCCUGAUUUGAUUGAAAAGUCCCUGUUGGAUGUGCCUGGUGUCAUUGCCGUGCAUGAUUUGCAUGUGUGGACCUUAUCUCCCGGUAAAUACUCUUUAACCGCUCAUAUUACCAUCGACCAUAAUGCCAGCAAUUAUGACGAAGUUUUGUCAAAGGGUCAGCAUAUUGUCUGUGAUGUAUAUGGUGUUCAUCACUCCACUCUCCAAAUAGAAUCUGAGCAAAGCUCAUUUACCAGCCAUUGCAACCCUGAAUUGUGUGCUGUCAGAGCCUAA